AUGAGAGGAUUCAUAACAAUGGAGAGCAUUGACCAGCUAUCCCAAUGCAGCAAUUACAGUCUCACCACCACCAUUCUUCCCGCUCUUGGUGCUCGAAGCAAUCACACAAUCAAGCUUCACUCUUUCGUUAUCUCUCCUUAUGAUCACCGCUAUAGAGUUUGGGAAUCGUUUCUGGCUAUUCUUGUCAUCUACACGGCUUGGGCAUCUCCGUUUGAGCUCGCGUUUCUUGAUAAACCAAGAAGGCUUAAUUCUGUCCUAGAUAAUGUUGUCAAUGGAUUCUUUGCCAUUGAUGUCAUCCUCAUAUUUUUCGUUGCGUACUUGGACAAGAGCACAUAUCUUCUUGUUGACGAUCAUAGGAAGAUUGCAAGGAAAUAUGCAACUUCUUGGUUGGCUUUUGAUGUCAUUUCCACAAUCCCUCCUGAACUUGUUUGGUACAUUUCACCGAGGCCUUUAAGAUUACAUGACUUAUUCAACAUGCUUCGUCUUUGGCGUCUUAGACGAGUUAACGCCUUGUUUACUAGAAUGGAGAAAAUUAGGAACUUCAACUACUUUUGGGUGAGGUGUACAAAGCUCAUAUGUGUUACUAUUUUUUCUAUUCAUUGUGCCGGUUGCUUUAAUUAUCUACUUGCUGCUCAUAAUGAUGAUCCAACUAACACUUGGAUUGGAAAAUCUAUGCCUCCUGGAGUCGAUUUUCGUCAACUGAGCGUAUGGUUUCGCUAUGUUACUUCGAUCUAUUGGCCCAUCACAACCUUGUCCACGGUUGGCUAUGGAGAUUUGCAUGCUGUGAAUGGAAAGGAGAUGAUGUUUAGCAUUUUCUACAUGCUCUUCAACCUUGGAUUAAUGGCAUAUUUGGUUGGAAAUCUGACAAACUUGGUGGUCCAUGGCACCAGUAAAACUAGCCAGUAUCGAGAUACUAUUCAAGCUGCCACAAGUUUUGCACGGAGGAACCGACUGCCUUUUCGACUUCAAGAGCAAAUGAUCUCACAUCUAUCCUUUAAGUUUAAGACAGACUAUGAGGGGCUGCAGUGGCAAGAGACGCUCGAUUCACUUCCAAAGGGCAUUAGAUCGAGUAUCUCGAACUAUCUUUUCUACUCUUUGGUGGAUAACGUCUACUUGUUUCAUGGAGUAUCGAAGGACUUGCUCUUCCAACUGGUAUCGGAGAUGAGGGCACAGUAUUACCCUCCCAAAGAAGACAUAAUCCUGCAAAAUGAAGCGCCCACUGACUUUUACAUUCUUGCCACAGGGGCAGUGGAGUUAUUGAUUAUGAAAAAUGGAGUUCAACGGGCUAUUGGCGAGGUCCAAACCGGUGAACUUUGUGGCGAGAUUGGUGUAUUAUGUUAUAGGCCUCAAUUGUUCACAGUGAGAACAAAAAGGUUAACUCAGCUUUUAAGACUAAACCGCACCACAUUUCUGAACAUCGUUCAAGCAAAUGUUGGAGAUGGAACAAUAAUCAUGAAUAACCUUUUACAGCAUUUGAAGGAAAUGAAGAACCCGAUAAUGGAGGAGAUUUUGGUUGAGAUUGAGGACAUGAUUCCACGAGGAAGAAUAAAUCUUCCCCUUACCCUAUGCUUUGCAGCACUCAGAGGAGAUGACUUGUUGUUGAAUCAUUUGUUGAAGAAAGGUAUUGAUCCAAAUGAAUCAGACAAGAAUGGAAGAACCGCUAUGCACAUUGCAGCAUCUCAAGGAAAUGAGCAUUGUGUCCUUCUCUUGCUCGAUUAUGGGGCUGAUCCCAAUUGCAGAGAUUCAGAAGGAAGUGUACCACUCUGGGAAGCCAUGCUUGGCGGCCACAAACCGGUCAUCGAGCUACUCUCAGACAAUAGUGCCAAAUUAUCCUCUGGCGACGUAGGUAUGUUUUCUUGCACAGCGGCAGAGCAGAACAACUUGGAUCUCCUCAAAGAAAUCGUCCGUCAUGACGGGGACGUGACCUGGCCGAACCAAAAUGGACGCAGAGCUAUUCACAUUGCCGUCCGUGAAGGUAACAUCGAAAUGGUUAAAUUCCUCCUUGACCAAGGUGCUAACAUAGACGAUAUAGACGAAAAUGGCUUCACAUCAAGAGACCUAGCGGAGCAGCAAGGCCACAACAAUAUCAAGGAGCUUUUCACCUCAUUCAAAGGAACCAAGAGCGACGCUGCCCACAUCCCCGUUGGCAACCAAACUCGCGCCAAUGUCGUUCGUUGCUUGAGGAGAUUCAAGAGCGAUCCCGUCAUGUUACCUAUGAAUCACGACGACAUAAUAUGGAGCAGGACUCGAACGACGAGGCAGAGAAGAGUAAACAACUACAACAACUCCCUAUUUGGGAUCAUGACGGCAACAGCACAGACAGGGGAUGAGCCCUUUCUUUGGCCGGCGCCUGCUCGGGUGACAGUAACCUGCCCUGAGAAAGGUGAUGUUGCGGGGAAGCUCGUGGUGCGCCCUCGUAGCUUGGAGGAACUGAAGGAGAUUGGUGUGAAGAUAUAUGGUUCAGCCUUUGUAAGAGUGUUGAGCAAAGAAGGAUCUGAGAUUGAUGAUUUCGAAGUGGUGAGAGAUGGCGAUCAUGUGGCUUUCGCCAACGAAGGCGUACAACAGACU